AUGGCAAGAAUAUCAUGCAAGUUAAUUGUUGGCAGGCGAGUUAGCUGUAGAGCAUCGGUAUUACCAAAGGAAAUAAUUGAACAAAAUUUACAAGAACGUAAAAGAAAUUUGAAAAACCUACGUCUUUAUGGCACAAUUGUUGGAGAGCUAACUGCAGAAAGACGCCGAAAAUAUCAAGUUCGUUUUGAAGAAAUUGGAAAUAUUACUGUAGAUGUUCUUGCAGGUAAUCUAAAGUAUGAAAAACAAGCCACUCCAAAUAGAGAAGAAUUAGUUACAGAAUCGUCAUUGACUUUACCAGCUUACGAAGAUAUUUCUUAUAGUAGUGAUGAUAGUGAAAAUGACUUAGAAGAAAACAAUGAUAGAAAUGACAUGGAUGUAAUUGACCUUAUUGUUACAGUAAACUGGCGUGAGCAACAAAUAACUAUUGACCAACGUGCAAUUUAUCUUGCAUACAACCAAGAUUGCAAAAUUAAUAUUCCAUCAGUAAGUUUGGCUUCGCCAUAUGAAUUAUUUCGCCGAUAUCUUCCACUAGAUUAUAUUGAACAGUUUGUAAUUAAUUCUAUUAAUAAACGUGAAAGAGUUACUUCAAAUUGGACAAAUAUAACUAUUAAUGAAUAUAUGAGAUGGUUAGGCUUAUGGGUGUUAAUGUCCGUUUUUCUAGUUGCUGAUCGUCGUUUUUAUUGGAGAACAAAUCAAGAACAGACACAGCCUAUACCAUUAUUCAAUUUUCAACAUUGGAUGAGUCGUUCACGAUUUGAACAAAUAGUGUUAUACCAUACUUUAAUGAUGCCAAGUGAAUUAGAAACUCCGGAUCUUAAUGAUCCUUUAUAUUCUGUUUGCAGUUUUAUUAACAAUUUUAAUAACAACCUAGUUGAAGCUAUAAAGCCUGGAAAUACUUUAUGUGUUGACGAAUCCAUGGCGGAUUUAGGGUUAGGGUUUCGAAACCCUGUGAGAAAAAGAAAAUCGAAAAAAAAGCAGUUUGUAUCAGAAUAUGGUAGUACUGCUGCCUAUGUACUUCGAUUAGCACGGCCAUGGUUUGGAAGUGGGCGUACUAUAGUUGGUGAUAGUUGGUUUGGGUCACCAAAGGUUUGCUUGCUUUUAAUGCAAAACGGAUUAUAUGGUAUCUUUCAUAUUAAGAAAAAACGUAGCUGGCCUCUUAAUUAUCCCCAUGACAUGAUUCAAAAACUUGAAAAUACGUAUGGAUCGUAUUUCUCAAAAGUUGCAAUUGUUAAUGGUGUAUAUUUAAUUGCGGCUUCUUUAAAAGAUAGAAAACCACAGUGCAUUAUUGCAACAGCAUCAACUACAACACAAGGUGAUGAAGUUGAACGUAUAGUCAAGGAUCAUAAUAAUUCGUCAUUGGUUAAAUUUAUACGGUCUAAAAUCUUUUCUGAAUACUCUUCUUCAAAAGAUUGGCAGAUACGUGUAUUGGCCUUUUUACUUGGAGUUGCUGAAGCCAAUGCAUUUUUAUCAUUUAAAAAAUGGCGUGAAGGAGCACAUGAUACUUCGCAUUUUGAUUUUAGACGACAAUUGGCAUUUGAAAUUCUUAAUGAAGAUUACCUUAAUUUAAGGAAUCCAUCACCAAAUAAAAAGCAAAAAGCUCCAACUGAACUACAGCACAAAUUAUUACCUCUUCCAAAAAAAAAAAAGACCCGAAAUAUUACAACUUACCCGCAGCUUCGCUGCAUAUAUUGUGGACCGAUCUUGGGCAAUUUAUAA